CCGGCGGCGGCGGGCGAUCGGGCCUCAUGGCGGCCGGGCCGCCGUCCUCAGGUGCUGCAGUGUCUGCAUCCGCUUACCCCGACGCACCGGUGGAGCUCCCCGCUCGCCUCCGGGCCGGCGCCAUGCGGUGCCGCUUCUGGGGCGUGGUCAACUGUCUGUGCGCCGGCGCGUUCGGGGCGCUGGCCGCCGCCGCCGCCAAGCUGGCCUUCGGCAGCCAGGUGAAUUUUGGCUUGCGUGUCUUAGGGCUUAUUGCCAUGGCAAGUACCAAUUCUCUGAUGUGGACCUUCUUUAGCCGCGGCCUCAGUUUCUCUAUGUCCUCAGCCAUUGCAUCCGUCACCGUGACGUUUUCAAACAUAGUCAGCUCGGCCAUCUUGGGCUACUUGCUGUAUGGAGAGUGCCAGGAGGUCCUGUGGUGGGGAGGGGUGUUCCUCAUCCUCUGUGGGCUCACCCUGAUCCACAGGAACUUCCCGGCUACCUGGGAGGCAAGCAAGCAGCAGCGACACCAUCGGGUUGGAUAGUCACACGGUAAAGAUGGCCGUGACGCCCAGCACUGGGUUGACCAACAAGUAGGACUGCUUCCAGGGUUGCCUGGGAGUACAGCCUUGGACCAUCCACCACGAGGAGAUGCCAGACCAACCACAGGCCUCUGACCAUCUCACAGCCUAGAGAGUCGAAGCAUUGGCUCCCGUAAGAGGAAGAUAACCACCACAGCACAGGUCCUUCAGCCUGGCACAGUGCUUUGAUGCUUGGGCUGCCUUAGGAAACCCUGGAAGACUCUGGGAUCUUGCCCAGCAAGAUGUCAGGUAUCUGAGAAGUGUGGUUAUGGUUCUUCUACCUGACAGUGGCCCUUCAUAAAUCCCAGACUGAGUAGCUGGCGGGGCUCCCUUAAGUUACAAACGAGCAAACAGGUGUCAGGUCACGCCUAUGAACGCACCGCAAAAGAAGGAAACUUGGGC